UUCCUCUUUUAUUGGCUUAACUAAUAACCUUCAUGUUUAACUCAUAUUGUUAGUUAAUUGAGCGCUUUAAUUGGCGAGUACCUGGUUAUAUUGGGCAUGGAAGUGACAAAUGUUCCUUUAAUCAUGUUGAUGAUGUUGCAAAAGGACACAUAGCAGCAAUGGAAAAAGGUCGUCCUGGUGAAAGAUACUUACUUACCGGAGAGAAUGCAUCAUUCAAGUAUAUAUUUGAUGUUGCAGCUAUCCUUACUAAGACGAGCAAGCCCCGUUUGAGUCUUCCUAUGUGGAUAAUAGAAGCUUAUGGAUGGAUUUCAGUACUUAAUUCACGGAUUACUGGAAAGUUGCCAUUCCUUAGUCCCCCGACAGUGGCUGUGAUGCGGCAUCAAUGGGCGUAUUCAUGUGGGAAAGCGAAGAAAGAGCUUGGUUACAACCCAAGAAGCUUGAAGGAAGGCUUAGAAGAGAUGCUGCCUUGGUUGAAGGAUUCAGGCUAUAUAAACUACUGAUCUAUAAUUCAAUCCAUCCAAACUCCCUUUGUAAUUGUGAUGCUUAAGCUUCUGUUGGAUCGAAAACUAAUCUGUCAAAGCUGGUGCUCGAUCCUCAUUUGUUUGUUAUUUUGUAUUAUUUUUUUAUUUUAA